CAGGAUUUAGGCAACAGCACCGUGUACACGGUGUUCGCAAACAACCAUGACUUCUGGCAGCUGAUGGACAACUUCACCCAGAACGAAACAUGGGAGGAAGAUGAGGAGUAUCAAAACUUUGUGGAACCCUGCCAGUUCACAUUUUGUUCCCGCUUCAUCGGCGGGAUUCCAGUUUUCCUAGGGAUCACCUGCCUCCUGGGAAUUGUUGGCAACGUGGCGCUCGGCAUUGCCUUGACCAAAUGCCCUCGGUUUUGGGAUCGGUGCCAACCGGGCAAAGCGGAGCUCGUCCUACUCGCCCUCGGAGGGGUCAUCUAUACCGCCACGUUGCCGUUUUUCACCCUGGGCAUGGGCUGGAGGUGGGCCUUUGAAGACCGUCUCUGUCAGGUGAUCCACGGACUCAAAUUCGGCAGCCUCUUCGCUCAGGGUUUGCUGGCGGCUGCCACCGCCUGCCAAAGCCCCUGGGGUCUCUCCCGGCCGCUUCUGCCCACCCUGAUGUGGAUGAUGGGCUUCCUAUGCGCCGUCCCAGCUGUGUUGGUGAGCAGCACCAAUGGGCUUUGCAUCCCAGAUCGUAACACUGAGCUCCACGCCUGGUCCCUGGUCCACGUGUCCUUCUGUUUGGUGAUCCUGGUCUUCCUCCCACUCAGCGUGGUCUUAGCCACACUGUGUCUCAAUGGAUGUGGAAACCCCCGUUGGAACAUCAGCUGGGUUGUCUAUCUCUUUUGGGGUCCCUACGGGGUCGCGGUCUUUCUGGACAUGCUUCAGGAGGAAAUGACUUUUUCCCAAAGUUGCCGUUUUCUGGUACAUCUCGACACCUUUCUGGGCCUGUCGGAAGGAUGGGGGAUGCUCCAUUGUUACCUGAGCCCCUUCUUCAUUUUGGGGUUGGGCUUAUAUCGCCGAAAGACGGCAUAAAGAGCUCAGAGAAAAUUCCCACAGGUAGUUCUCAACUUACGA